AUGAAUGAUAAUAUUAUAUAAAAGUUAAAAGAGCAACAUGAAUUGGAAAAGUAAUAAAUGAUAAAAGAAUUUUUGAAGAGAAUAGAUUUAUUAUUAUAGAGUAAUGUUUAAAAGUAUCCUGAAACUGAAAAUUGGAAAGAAUUAAUAUUAAAAUAUGAAAAGCAAAGAUAAAAUGAAUUAUAUGAAUUAAGAUAACAUUUAGAAGUAUUAUAGAGAUCAUAAAUCAAUACAAAAGAUAUUGAAUUCUAUGCAGAAAGAAGAGCUUAUGAAAAUAAGAUUAAUGAAUUAUAAAAUAAACUAUAACAAGAUGAUGUUUAGGAUCUAUAUGAUACAAUAGAAUAUUAAAGAAAUGUCAUUCUAGAUUUGGAAGAUUAGAUUGCUCUAUUGUAGAAUGAAAGACUAUAAUUGGAUUAACAUAUUUAACAAUUGAAUUAGACUAUAGAAAUUCUGAGAGACAAUUUAUCAAGAAAUCAAUAACAAUAAGAUACAAGAAGAAUAUAAAAAGCUGAAGUGAUGGAGGCUAUAGAUGAGAUGAAAAGAGAAAGAGAAAAAGAGAGAGAAAGAGAUACAGAUGGAUAUAGAGAUUUAGAUUCUUUUAGGUCUCCCCAACGACCAUAUCGAUAUAGUCACAAGAGCUCAUAAGAACGGUAAAACAAAGAUUGGAGAUUUUCAAAUUAACAAAUACCAUCUCCAAGACCUCCUGUAAGUACAAUUCAUAAUCAGUCUCAGCCAGUUUUAUCCUAUCAAUAGGAAAAUAAGGAAAUUGUCUUUAAGUUGUAAGAAAUUAAUGAAAUUAAAUACAAAUAUUAAACUGCACUUAAUAAUAUACUUAAAUUGGAAGCAUAAGUGAUUGAAAAAUUAUAAUAAGAUGACAUAAUUGUGGAGUGA